CCAAUACCACAACCACCACACUCCGAGCGGUCUGCUCACUUGCUCAUGUUUCUCAGGCUGCUGCGUCUUUGUCAUGCUUCUAUUUCUAGCUUCUCCAGGCCGCUUUGAAACAACGCGCCAGACCCACUGCGCGAUGGCGUGCUCAAACAGACCUCAUGCUCUCCUGAAUUAGAACUGCCUAUCCCUGCUGCGAGUCCUGCGCGAAUGGUGAUAUCACUUCCGCGGCGACCAAUUCUAGCGAUCGCCAUUCUCGGGUCGUAUCUCAUUGAGCCCCUGACAAGUACCUUUUCUCCUUCGGGGAUCGGUCCUCAAUCGGAGAGUCGCAAUUGAGGAUGCUGCCUGGUAGCAAUGAGCAGGCGAGCGCGACGAUAUGGGUCUAGACAGAGAAAAGCAUCGGUUCUUGAUAUGCUGUCAUUUGAUUCCGAGGUCGUGCGUCUCCCUGAAUUUGGGCAAACAAACAGGCUUGACGCUGUCAAUGCUAGGCCAUCACCAUGCUAUCACACUUCAAACGGAUUCGAAAAGUGCCGCCCGCCAUGCUGAAACAAGCGUCCGAACGAUCGUCAUCAAUGUAACAUGCUACCAGACCGAAGAAGAUAAAAGAGCGUCUUCCUCGCCUGUCUUGGGGAAGACUCAUCCUUUCUUCUCAAGGUUGGAUCGACCUCCCCCUCCCCUCCCUCUUUCGCAAAUUUACAACUGGUGCCAGCGUACCAUGUGCGCAGCACACGCCCAGCCUUUGUUGCGCGCAAAGCACCAGCGUAGGCAGACUGCCAUUCGACCCCUUCACCUCAGCAAGCGUUACAAGUUCGAAGUGACCUCAACAUAUUCGCCCUCCGGUUGCGUUUCGCAGCCUAUCUCAGAGCAACAGUCUUCGUCACUUCAACAAUUGUCAAGGCUGGGCUUGCGUCGACUCCAAACGCAAGAGUUAAAUGGUAUCGAGGAGUUGCUGAAGGGCGAGGGAAGUCCAAUGAGCAGUACGGGCAGCAUUCAAAGCACGCUUGACUUGUUUGACUUUAUCAGAGAGCCUAGACUCGAUCAACGACUGCGACCGAGUGUCUUUCAAGUCUUGUGUGGCGACGAGGAGGCUCAUAGCCCGGUGACACUUUGAACAUCAAAGUAAACACGGACGACGAGCUUGAAUUUAGGCAAGAAGGGUGAUAUGACGUCUUUGAGAGG